AUGCCCAGCGCCGAGGUCGCUGUGCCCGCUUCCGCCUCGUUAGAACAUCCAGAUCGGCUCCAGUUCAAGUCUCACAAGUCACUACCUCGUCGGACAAAUGCCAGCGCCAAUACCAAGAUCGCUCAAAUACCGCCUCGGGGUCACGAUGGCGACAUUUCAGACGGCUUACCUCUCGCAACUGCGCCAAUUCUUCCCCUGACGCCUCCCGGCAUCACCCAGGACGAUCCUCCGACCGAGACAGAUACGCAAAAGCAGACUCCGUCCCAUUCGGUCGUCACAGCCCUCACGCCGUCCAAACCUUCACAUCCCCCGACGCCAGAAACAACGCCUCCCCGGGGUAUGACUUCGGGUAGACCAGAGUUGGGUCACUUUGGAUAUAUGUCAUCCUCACCGCGAGCAGAGUCCUUUCGGACAGCCUAUGAGAUGAUCUCCGACACAGAAACAGUAACUCCCCGUCCUUCGCCUCCACCAUCUUCGGGUUCGGAUUUACAACAGAGCACGAAAAAUACGAAAAAUACGAAAAGAAACCGACGAAAUGGGAGUUCUGGCCGCACUGAUAAAAGAACAAAUGACACGGCUGCUACUGGGAACCAGGCCCACAGCUCCUGGGGCACUUCGCGCUCAAACCCCCCAUGCGGUACAUCUUUACAGGGUGCUGCAAAACAAUCUCCGACAAUUGUUACCCGCAGCCAAAAACCUUCGCAUGGGCAGACUGCAGAACUUCGCAUCAAACCUACACGAGACUCGCCGAAACGGCCUCGCAACUCAGCCUCAGCUAAGGUUUCCGAUGCUGGCACUUCUACACGUGGAAGGAGGAGCUUGCGAGACCGCGUCGCUCAUGUGCAAAAGUCUGAUGAUAGUCCAGCAAUGGAUCAGUUCCGUCAAGAAAUCGGCUGGCCAUCCGCCGAUGGCGAGGGGGAAGAUUCUCAACGUCUUUCAGGCGUAUCCACAUCUUCAACGGUUGAAGCAAUGAUAAUUGACACCCCAAAACCGGCUAUACGCGCUUUGCGACACACAGAAAAGAGGGUUUCCCUUCGUUCCGCGAGUUCGCCUAUUACAAGAUCUGAGCGUACGUCCAUUGCUUCCAGCUUAGAUUUGCAGCGCCGCUUGAGCCACAAACCUGCGCGGAUUACGGAAAAUGAUCGCAGAAGCAUUGUCUCUGAGUUGUCCGUCUCGGGUAGCUCGACUUUAGGUGCUCCACAACAUCCUGUAGACGUGGUGCCAGUGGUUGUGAUUCCUCAACGACGCUCAUCCCUCAAUUGUCCCUCAGGCGCAACAAGCAGGAACCCGUCUGUUUCACGUUCUCGGCCGUCUAGUCGUGCACCUACUGUACCCAAGAGCCGUCCUGGGUCUCUGGAUCACCCGCGUCAGAAAAGACGCACCGUAUCUGACUCGCAUGCCAACAAUGUCCCGGCCGAACUUCGAGGUAGGGGUUUGAGUCGACCAUGCAUCCCGCCUCGCAGCUCUUCGCUAUCCGCGCCCACAAGCCAGAACAAUUCUCGCGCGACUUCUCUGACUUCAGAAAGUUUGCGGAGCCAUAAUGUGGCAGUGGAACAGCUUGCAGCGAAACGUCAAACGCCUGAACGACCGAAACCUGGACCUAUAUCUGUUCCUGUUUUGGGUACUUCGAAACCUGAUAAGCAUGAUUCAGCGGAUCAGCCGAAUACCCAGUCGAUUCUUAUCGGCGUUGAAGACCUAAAUCACUUACGGCCGCCGUCGGUGCCCUUCACGCCCCAUUCUAUCCCAUCCUCGUCGCCCGGUCCAUUCGAAAUUAAUGAGGUCAGGAGGGUAGCGAUUUUCCCGCACAACAACGAGUCUCUAUUGCUUGUCAAUCCACACGGACAAUCUGGCCUUCGACAACAACUGCAGGCUAACCAGCCUCAGACUCCUAAUAUCACUCAGCAGCCCACCAUUAAUGUGGACUCCCCGCUAAGAAACCCGCGGCGGCCGCCACAGCCACCAACUUUUGCGACUGUUGCCAACACUGCUUACCCAGAGCAGUCUUCAGGGGGAGCGAAUGGUGAGUUAGAGCCGUCCGAUGGCACUAACCGUCGCCCAAAAGACAAGAGAAGGGGAUGGAUGGUCCGACCACGGUCCGAAUCCUUCAAUUCAUUCGUGCGGUCCAUUUCGCUCAACUCUGCUAAGAACCCUAAAGCCGGCGAAGAUAUCGACGGGCGACUUCAACCUUUUUGGCGCCCACGCCGAUUCUGGGAUGACUCCCCCGACUCGUCUCCAGAGGAAGUUGGCGACCAACCCAGAACCACCAGGCAGCCAGACGAAGUCAUCAGCAACUCACUUGGAAUGCCUCAGAAACGGAUCGUAUUUGAUGGCCCCCCUGUUUCUGCUUCCCGGCCAGGCCCAAAACGGCGAGUUGAGGGGUAUCACCGCGCCAACAGAGAAGCGCUCAUGGGAAGCCGUAUUUUCUCAUCCGAGGCCUUGUAUUCACAGACCUCGCUUCACCCGCGACAGUUCCCGGCACUAUCGUGGUUGCGACUGCGAAUCCGCUCCGGUGUUGCGCGAUCCCUCCGCUGGCGCUUCCGGCGCUCAAUGCAACGGCGUGCCGAGGGGAAGCGCGAAAUCAGACGCGAGAAACUUAAGCAGAGCAUUGGAGAGGCUGUUUUGAUGGACUCGAGCACGCAGGUCCGCAAAACUAUACAAUGA